ACUGCCCACUGCAAUUACUACAAGCCACUUCUGAACUGAGGACGGAAGAAUGAGAGUUCAGUAAGAGGGACGGGUCAGGCAAUGGGAAGAGCAUCUGCGGAGGCCACAGCUGGUCUGGGAGGAGCUUCCAGGGCCCUAGGUCCCGCAGCAGCUGGUGCAGUCGGCACUGAGCAACCCUCAGUGCAACAGCUUUCUAAGGAGGAUCUAGUCACCUGCCGUUGGGAGUUACGGAGCCAGAACCCUCAGGGGAAGGUCCUCUGUCAAUUCCGCUCUCGUUGGGCUGUGGGAAAUUCAAACGACCCUCCUCGGCCGGCGCAGUGGCCCCCGCCGGUAAUCCCAGCUACUUGAGAGACCGGGGCUAGAGGAUCUCGGGUUCGUGACCACCCUGGACAACUUAGAUCCUGUCUCAAAAGGAGAUGUGGACCUGUGGCAGUGCCCUUGCCUAGCAUGUGCCAGACCAUGGUUCGAUCCCCAGUACCGAGAAGAGAAGAGGGGCGCCUCCUCCUCAGUGAAAACUCCAGCUCGCCUGGCUGCACCGGUUAGCUGCCGAAGGGCUGGGCCGACGCGCGCGCUCUUGGACCCCCGCCCCCAGCCCCGGGCCUGGGUCCGAGGCGUGUGCGCGUGCGCGGCAAGCGCACGCCUCGGUUGCCCGGAUACCAGGACGCAACAGUAGCUGUGGCAGAGCUCGCGAGCUGCCUGCUGUGCGGAGUCGCUGGAGAGGCGGUUGGCUCUCAUUUCCCCAGAGCCGGAGGAGGAGCCGCUCACCUUCGUUCUCCCAGGCUGCGGCCGUCUGCCCGGAGCGAUGCCGCUUCCCGACACCAUGUUCUGCGCGCAGCAGAUCCACAUUCCCCCGGAGCUGCCUGACAUCCUGAAGCAGUUCACCAAGGCUGCCAUCCGCACCCAGCCCACCGACGUGCUGCAGUGGUCCGCGGGGUAUUUUUCAGCUCUGUCGAGAGGAGAUCCACUUCCUGUAAAGGACAGAGUCGAGAUGCCCGUGGCAACCCAGAAGAUAGACACAGGCCUGACCCAGGGACUGCUGAAAGUCCUGCACAAGCAGUGUCGCCUCAAGAAGUACGUGAACCUAGUAGAACUUGAGAAGAAGUGGAAAAACCUGUGUCUGCCCCUGGAAAGAUUUCGAGCUCUCCUGGUACUGGAUCCCUGCGAUACUGAAAUCGAGUGGAUAAAAUUCUUGGCGUUGGGAUGCAGUUCACUUGGUGGGUCGCUGAACUCAGCCAUGAAGCACGUCUGCGAGAUCCUCACCCAUGACCCCGAGGGUGGGCCUGCACGGAUCCCCUUCGAGACCUUUUCCUAUGUCUACCGCUACCUGGCUGGACUGGACCCAGACAUCCUGCAGUUGGAUGUGGACUCUUAUCUUACCAGUUUAAAGAUGAGCGUAGAGUCUAGAAAGAAUGGCAUGAUAGGACUUUCGGAUUUCUACGUUCCAAAGAGGAAAAUUUAGAAAAUCUUGAAGAGAAACUUCUGAAGUCAUAGGCUGUUAAUACAGAGAAGAACACAUUUUCAUGUUGAAAUAGUGCUUUGAAAACCUCGGCACCAAAUACAACUUGUCAUUAACCACUUCCAUCUGUAGUGUGAGUUUUUCCCUUCAUGGAGAUUUAGUGUGGCCGCUGCUUCACAGAGCCACCGUACUGACUGCCCUUCACUGAGUCUUGUGACAAGGACCUUAAAUGCUCCAUUCAAGGAGUAGCAGGCAGUUGGUUUUAGUACGAUGAUCUGUUGGGUUCUGCAGGGUAGGAGGGGUGAUGGAUGGGCUGUUCUUGCCCUUGACUCAGGACUGCGAGCAGAAAUACACUUGGACUUGCUUCUGCUCCCUGGAAUCUGCCCUGAGACUCCGCAGGAGGCCUGAUGUCUCCUGUGACAGGCAUGCUGAUGACUGGGGUGCCUGCGGUACGGGUGGCAUGAGCCAGAGCUCAGGCCCCUUGAGCAGAAGCGAGGACCCCAGGUCUUUAUUCACUUUCUUUCUCUAAAGUGUUCAAAAUGAUGGUACAGGGAUCACCUCAGAUGAUCCUUCUGAGAGCCUGGAAAUGCUCUGCCAACUGGUUCUCUGCAGCUCGGCCACCAUGCUGAUGUCCGAAGAAAGGGAACACCUGCAAGUUAAGAGCCUCCUUUGCUGAAUCAGGAUCCACAGAGCUCGCGAGGAAGUUCUUUGAAUGCCGAGAUGUAAGAAGGAGGCAGAUGUGACUAAUAAAACAGUCCUCGGGCACCUGCUGCGAAGUACAGAUUUUCCCCUCCAACGUAAUGGAUCGGACCCAUCCGGGAUCCGCAGUCUGGGCGAAGGCUUCCCGCUCUGUUUGCAUGGAAGCCAGUUUCAAGGGACUUCUCACGAGCCGGGUGGAAAGAAGUGCCGGGGUCUCCACACCGCUGACUCUGGGGUGCAAGGAUGGGCUGUUAAAGGAUUUGGAGAUGAGGAUUAAA